AUGGAGGGUGAUUAUGAUUUUUACUCGGAGGAUGUCCCUCCUCCGGUGGAUGAGGAGGAGAUUUUAGAAUUUGAACCGUCAGAAGAGAAGGAGGCUGUGGCGGAUACUUCAAAAACAACAGGCGUGGGAAUUGAGCAAUUAAAUACGAAUAAAAAAGAUGAUCGUGACAUGAAUAAUGUGCAGGUUGAUAAUACAGAAGUGAUUACAAUCAAAUCGAGGGAGGAUUUUGAGAAAGAACUUGUUCGAAGUUUAGAUCAGGUCGAUUUCAGUCGUAACAGAGGAUAUAAUGUGGAAAAAGUAAGAUCUACACGGUCGCAGGUAAUUUCUAGGAUUAAAAGUGAACUUUUGGAAUUGGAACUCGGAAAUCAACUGGAUGAAAAUUCUGAAAAGGAUGACCAAGAAAUACAGGUUUUGAAGAAUCGCCUGAAAAACAUUUCAUUGGGGGAGAGCUCCUUUGUAAAAGAGUGGAUAAUGCAAAUACAUGAAUUCAAUUCAGCAAUAAUACGAAAUAAGAGGGAAUUAGGAACACCUGAUACGGGGAAGGGAAAGUAUACUGAAUCUGUCGUAUCAACCAAAGACUCGUCAAAAGAGCUUGAAUACAUGGAAGAAAGAUUUUUGAAUAUGGAGGGUCGUCUUAAAGAAAUGGAAAAUUUGGUAGGAGGAUCAAUGGAAAUUUCCAAUUCCAGUGAUUCAGAUCACCUAACGAUACAAGAUGAAAUAGAUGAUUUGUAUCGAAGAAUAAACUUGAUUUUUAAUUCAAAGAAACUUACUGAUGAUGCUCAAGAUAGAUUUAAGAAAGCUUCUGAUAGCUUACAGAAGUAUAAACAGAAGAAAGGAUCAAUUGAUGGUCCCAAAUUGGAUGAUUUUGUUCCAGCUUCUGACAGGAGGAUACAUUUAAUUUCUAAACGAUUACAGCGAGUAGAAACGUACGAGACAGCUAUCCCCUUACUAAUUGGGAGGCUGCGGGCGAUGAACAGUAUCGUUUCAGAGACAUCGGGUACCAUUAAUUUUAUGAAAAACUUGGAUAGUGAACUUUCCAAGACGGAAAUGGAGGUGAUCAAAUGGAAUACAAAAUUGGAUGAUUUGGAAAGGAAGUCUGAAGCAAAGCAACAAACAUGGAACAAGGAUAAAAAUUUAAUCAAAAAAUGGAUACAUAGUUUGGAAGAAAAACUGAAAGUCCUCCAAUAA